UAUCUUCAACUUCAUUCAGAGAUGGCGAAUCUCUAAUCAGUGACGUCGAUUUGGGAUCGUGUGAUUAGCAUGGAAUGUGUUUUUUUGCCGUGUAAUUAAGAAAUUUUUCUUACAUGGCUGAACGGCAAGGGAUGCCGAAGUGUUUCGUUGUCCGGCAUGAAGGCAACGAGUCAAAUGAACACUUAUCUACAAUGAUGUGGGUUCGCCGACGUCAGCUUGCACUGCCCCUGCAGAAAUCAGCGGCAAUUCAAAGUGACCAGAAGGGGCGAUUCUCCCGCCCGUCUACCUCAGCGACGGGGUCCGACUUGGGCUGUGUGAAAUUGUGUUGGAAUGCGAAUAGGCGAAUCCAAGAUCAGAUCCAAAGUAGAUUGUACUACCAUCUCACCCCGGUCAAUAUUUCAUCAGAAUCAACAGAUGGGUGUGGAGCUGUAUUUAAUCUAGAAUUUUCUCCAAUUGGUGACACAUUAGUGACAGCAUAUGAAGGGGAAGCAAUGCAACUGUUUGAUCCUAUAUCUGCCAAGUUGAUCACCAAGAUUCCUAAUGCUCAUACUGAUUGUGUUAACUGUAUCAGAUUUUUAGACAGCCGUACCUUUGCAUCCGGGUCAGACGACAAGACCAUUGCAUUGUGGGAUAUACGUAACCUUAAGCGUAAGAUCUGCACACUGAAAGGUCACAGUAAUUGGGUGAAGAGCAUAGAAUACUGUCAAAAGUCUGGUCUUCUCGUCACAUCGGCCUUUGAUGGCAAUGUUCUUGCCUGGGACAUCAAUAGGUAUCAGGAUGAGAUGCAAUACACCAAACUGUUCCACCUGGAGAGUCUGAUGCGGACACGCCUCACACCCGACUCCUCCAAGCUCAUCAUGUCAACAUCCGAAGGUUACUACCUGGUGAUCCAUGACCUUGACCUUACAUCCUUGGCAACAGACUUUGAUGAAUUUGAACCUUCAGAAUAUUGUGACCUUUUAUUGGAUGAAGCCAAAGAGGAAUUGAAGGAACACGAACAUAACCAUUUGUUUCAUCGGUCAUGGAAUCGGCCGGAGAUCGUGAUGGACUUUCCGGAGGAGGGGUUUGCGGAGUGUAUAUCGUCUUUAGUUGUUCAUCCACAAGGCUGGUGUAUGGUGUCUCGGUAUACCACUACAGAGGAGGACCAAGAGUUGACCUGUGUGCAUGAUUUACAAGAGACUUCUAUUCCCGAUGAUGAACCUAAGCAGGAUCCAAACCAGAGACAAUUUUCUCCUUUCAAAGCCAAACAAAGACUACUCUAUUACGCUGUGGAGCCAAACGAUGGCAAAGGCUACAUCAAGGAACUCAGUAUAAGUCCCGACGGCCGCAUCAUCUGUUCCUCGUUCAGCCACGGGGUACGCCUGCUUGCCUUUAAUACUCAGUGUAGUGAACUCUGCGAUAUACAAUACACCAACCCCCCAGCUGGGCCUCAGGGACUGAAACAAGUUAAACUCGUAUCUUGUCAUCGAGCAACCGUUCUUACGUCUCGUUUCUCGCCAACGCAGUGUCUACUCGUCAGCGGAUGCCUGGAAGGAAAAGUGGUGUUCCAUCAUCCGUACUUAUAACACCUGGGCAAUAUUUCCUAAAGCUGUUUGUGAGUCGCACACGACUGGUGAUCCUUUCUUGGGUGCUUGGUCAGAUUCUCAAUCAUAUUGAUUCCCGUCAGCUAAAGUUGAAAUCAGAGUCCUGUCCUUAUACAAAGAGUUGCGAUUGAUCAAACCAAUUAAGUAUAUGGAAACCCAUCAUUGUUAUAAUUUUCCUACAAAAAAAAUUGCACCAUGUUCUUUGUUAACAAAGUGGAAAACACUAAAUUAUAAAUACCACAAUAGAUUAUGAUUUUACAUCAUAUUUUGGAAACAUAUUGAAAAAAAACAUGCAUCUUAGAUGUUGGUGUUGCCGGCUUUCCGUAGGUAUAGUUGAUCGGAUCAAUUGCAAGACAGGGCCCAGACCUUUGUAGAUUAAAAUUCUCAUUUGAAUGGACAAUCCAAUCGUAGUCAAAUUUGAAUAAGGCGAGGGAGGGUACACUCCAAUUAUGUGAAUUUGAGGUGUCACAUUUAGCACAAGAAAGGGCUACCAGUCAUUCCUAAAGUCAUACAUAGUUUACUAACAGCUUUAUGAAACCACCCCGGCUAUGGUUCUCAAUAUUUUCUUUCUUUUGAAUAAUUUAUUUACCGUAGUCUAGUAGUCAUGAAUUUCACCUGCUGCAUACA